AUGCAAUUCUUUCGCCUCGCCACUUUCGUCGUCACCAUGCUGGUCAUGGUGACCUUCACCACCCCGUUCGCCCACACACACCCCGUCCACAGUGUCCAGUACGCUCGCGGUCUCUUUCCCCCUAAUCGUCAUCGCGGACUCGUGCACCACGUUCCCCGCUUCUACCGUGCAGACUCGGACAUCUUCAAGGCGAACCGAGUAGUCCCUCUUAUGAUCCGAGACGCAGGUGACGACCAUGGCGACGUCGCUGCUCACGACCGCUACGAAGCCCAGCUUCACAAGCUCGAAGCCGCGCUGAAGCAUUACGAGGAGUAUGGAGAUGCCGAGAGUCUCCAGUUCUAUCUCAAAGGGUUUGGCGGCGAGGAUGGUGAUGCUGGUGAGGCUCAGAAAAAUCCUGCUCAGAGCAGCGUGUCGGGAAAGGAGACUGCAGCCAAGAAGCAGGACGAUGGAAAGAAGGAGCAGGUACAGCAGCAGCAGCCUCAGCAGCAGCAGCCUGAGCAGAAGCCGAAACAGCCUCAGCAGAUAGAUAGCGAGGACUGUGUCGAUGGCGUUGACGGCAGCGAAAGCAGCAAGAAGCACGACAGUUCGGCUUCGCCACAGAUGCAGCAACACGCUCAGUCGUCGCGGCCGCCGCCGCCGCCGGCUCAACCGCAAAAGAUGGUCAAGAAACCCAAACCCCAACAGCAACAGCAGCCUUCUGGCGAUUACAGCGUGCCUUCUGACCCUCCUCAACCCCAGCCGCAACACGAUCAGCCCAAACCACCUCAACCCGCCCCCGCCCCCGCUCCUGCCCCCAAGCAGCCCUCUCCCCCACCUUCCAGCCCGUCCAGCUCCGACAACUCGAUCAACGGCUACACCCCUCCUACAUUCAACCCUCCCGCCGGCUCCCCCUCCACCGCCUCCCUCUACACCUCCUCCACCCCGUUCACCGGCCGCGCCACCUUCUACAACACCGGUCUCGGCGCCUGCGGCAUCACCAACACGGACGACCAACCCAUCGUAGCCAUCUCGCGCGACCUCUUCGAACAGUACAAUCCCGCCUCGGGCAACCCCAACCACAACUCGCUCUGCGGUAAGAAAGUCGAGAUCACCUGGAACGGGAAAAAGGUACAGGCGUUUGCCACGGACGAAUGCCCCGGUUGCGAGAAGAACAGUUUGGAUUGCAGCCCGAGCGUGUUCGAACGGAUGGAUAGUAAGGAUAAGGGCGUGCUGGAUGGGAUUACUUGGAGGUUCGUGUGA